GUCUACAUAAACUAAUAUCAUUUCUCCAUUCCUCAAAAACAGUUUCACAAUGAGGUUUGCUUUCGUUGCCUUCUUAGCUAUUACAUUAGUAAUGUGUGGUAUUGUAAAUGUUGGAAAUGUUGAGGCAAAACGUGUAUUAUCCGAAGAAACUCCUCAAGUUGUUGUGUUACACCAUAAUGAAGCUUUGCAACAAGUUGAGAAACGAGAAGGUCUUGGGUGCGACAAAGGGUGUGAACUGAUAUGUUUUCCUGAUCCAGUUAAUCCUUCAUGCCGUUGUAUAUGCUAAUAAUUUUGUAUUAUCCUCUCGUUUAAUCCAGUAAAUAAGAUAUAUUUUCAUUAAUAAAAUAAA